UAUACUUCUCUUCCCUACAUACUGAUGUGCUGUGCUACAGAUCAUGGUGUUAUAAACCUUUUUAGUAUUUGGUAUAUUUUCCUGGAUCUGUAUCUACAUUUGGUAAACUUGGAGAGAGGGGAAAUCAUGUCAUGGACGUCAGCAACCUUGACAGAGCAGAUGACACAGAUGAGCUGCUCUGUACCGAGGUGAUGAGUGAUUUUGGGGUCUGUCCACCUCCUGUCCCUCGAGACCACUGCGAUUUGCUUAUGGACGCCAUUGAUGCUCAGCUCAGUCGCCUACAGACCGGCAGUCCCAGCCAAGCAAACAAAGGAAGCGGAGGAAAGACAGAAGAUGUUCUUGGUUCAGCAUCGCUCGACAGAAGUGCGUCUGUGAGUAAAGACACCGGUCUCGGCACUGAUAAAGCCAGCUCCGCUCCUGAUGGGUCGAAUACAGACCACGCAGAUCUGACCGCAGCGGAGCUCAGAAGGAGCGGAACGGAGAUCGUCGGACUGCGGGAGGAUGAGAGCAAGGAGCAUGUGGUACUGGGUGCUGAUGGCUCCUGGCACACAGGGGGAGGUGGGGCAGUGAGGAGCUCCAAAAGAGAACAGUGCCUGUGGAGGUUGGAGCGACUGCUGGGAACUGACACUGGGCAGAUAACAAGUGAUGAGGAGGGUGAUGAAGAAGACAGCGUGUGCACUGAGGAUUUCAGCGCAAGGUUCCUGGACGGAAUGCUGGACCCUACGAGGCUGAGCGUCGCCGGAUCCCGUAACCAGAUCACACCUCCAGACUUCAGCGCUCCAGAUUCCGAAAGUAUCAGCAGCGACACCACACUCCUCACCGAGCCUCAGGUCACGAGCGGACAGAACACGGGCCUGGACCCAAGUGUUACUGCUUUCAAAUCUCCCAGCAGACAACUAGCAGGUGUUCAAUUGAAAAGUUUCGACUUUGUCGCUAUAGACAGCGAUUUGGAGUCUGUGUGUACUGAGAGAGUUCGACUCCACCUCCAGAGCAGGCUCUCCAACAGCAUAGCACAGGAAACAAGCUUACAGACUGGAUCGUGUGCAAGAAGAACCGACGUAAAAACCACACGAAGACCCGAGAAACAAAUAGUCAGCUCUGAAGACGAGGUGAACGGUGUGUGUGUAAGGAGCUACCGAUCUCUAAGGUCUCCAGCCAGCAUCCAGCGAAGAGAGAAAUGGAACCAAAGAAGGAGGACUAUCACCAACACCAUCACCAACACCAUCACCAACACCAUCACCAACACCAACACCCCCACCAGCAGCUCUACAGCCUCAACAGCUUGCAAAGAGAAAGCUGGUGACAAGAGCCAAUCAGAAUUCAGCUAUGUGGAAUUAUCUCUUGCUGAUCAGCAGCAGCAAAAUGUGGCAGUUGUACAGGGAGUGGAGAGGUUGAGAGAGGAGGUCGAGCAGGCUGAGAAAGAGCAACACACACUGAAUCUUAGUCUGACUCACACCAGGACACACAUUCAGCUCCUCAGGAGUGAGCUGCACAAACUCCAAGCUCAAAGAGAUUUGUAUAUUCAGGAGGUCAAGGCUCUGCAGGAGAGCCAGGCUGCCCUGCAGAAACACAUUACCACAGUAGACCAUGACAGCAGCCCUCACAGGCAUCUGACCGGCGGCUGUACGUCCGUGCUGGAGAUGGAGGAGAUGGAUCGGCUUUUGGAUAACGCCAAAUCCGAGCUGUUCUCCGAGCAACGGCGCUUCAGACACAUGCUGGACUCCAUGCAAGAGAGAUUAGAGGAAGUGACCCAGGAGCUGGAGCAGAAGCAGGUGGAGAACAGUAAGCUCAGAGCUCAAUGCUCCCAGCUGGAGGAAAAGCUGACCACAGCAACCAAAUCUAGACAGGAGCUACAGGAAUCUGUAUGGAGCGAACGAGUGGAGCAGGAAGGUCGGCUUGGGGCUCUCGAGAAGAUCAUCGCACAGAAGGAGAUGCUUCUUCUGACCGCGCAGGAGGAGAAGAACCGACUCGAGAUGGAGAUCAAGGCUGUCAGAGAGGAGAAUCGUGCUAAGCUAACAGCAGCGCUGGCACACGCUCAGAAACAAAAGGAAGUGGAAGUGGAGCAGCUCAGGACUCAGAUGACUCUGGACCACGUGGAAGAGUUACAGCGGGUCCGUAAUCAGGUGCAUGAGAUAAAAGAAGCUGCUCUAAGAGAGCAAGCCGUCACACACACACGGCACACUGAGUCCUUACACAACCGCAUCCAGAUGAAAGAAGAAGAAGUGAACAGAAUACAGGAGUGUUUAAAGCAACAGCAAGAGGAGCUCAGGAGAAGAGAAGAGGAGCUGAGAGGAGAAAGUCAAGAGCAGGUGAAGAAGGCAGUGGAGCGAGAGCAGAGGAAGUGGGAGGAGCAGAGGGCGGAGUCUCUCCGAGAGCAGAAGGUCAGACUAGAGAAGCAGAUUCAGGAGGUGGAGAGGAGAGGCAGAGCUGAUGUGGAGAGAGAGAAAAGGAAUGCACUGGCUCUGCAGAAUAAAGUGCUGGAGCUGCAGAAGAGUGAAGAGGAGUUGAAUAGUGCAGCGUCUAAGCAUACAGCCAUGAUCAGAGCCCUGAGAGAUGAGCACCAGACAGAGUUAUAUAAAUUGCGCAGACAGCUGCAGCAGGAGGCUGAGAGUGAAGCCGUACAUCUGAAAGAGUUUGUGAAGAGGAGCGAGCAGGAGCUGCAGGCCGUGAGGGGGCAGCUGGCAGAGUGCCAGCGUCUCCAGCAGGGGGCAGAGGCGAGAAACGAACAGAAGACUGCAGGCUGGGCUCAAGAUAUACGCAACGAGUGUGUGUGUCUGCAGGAGCUGCUUACUCAUAACGGCUUCACUGUGGACAACACACAUCUCUCACACAGUGUUACAGUAAGCGAGGCGCUGCAGGUGAUGCAGUCUCUCAGGAAGUCACUUCAACACCUCAUCACCAGCCUGCAGAAUCGCAUCACCUCACUGACACACACCAAACAACAGCUCAGUAGUGAAAAAGAGGAGGAGCUGCGUGUACAAAGAGAGCAGCUAACAGCUGAGAAAGAGAGAGCUGUAAAUUCUUUGAGGGAAAAACUUAUCCAGGAGCACAUUGAGGAGCUGAGCAGUCUGAACAGGGUGCGUCUGCGCGAGGAUGAUGACGGUGACUGCAUGGCUGCGCGUCUGCGCAGGCAGCUACGGGCUAAAGACGAAGAGCUGCGUCAGGUUCAGAGGAACAUGGUGCAGUGGAAGGAGAAAACCACGGCACGGCUCGCACGCAAGUUUCAACAGGAGCUCACGUCUGAGCUGGAGAGAUGGAAAGUAGACUGGUUGAGGAAAAGAAAAACCUGCAGACAAAAAUCAGAGCAGCGGCGGAGGCUGGAGCAGCUGGAGGGAGAGAUGAGACUCCUGACGGCGAGCUCCAGUAACAUCACAGACGUCCCAGCAUCCUCUGCUUCGUCAGCUCAUAUCCCAGACACAGCCAGUAGCCACGACCUGGACUCUCACAAACUAUUGCGCCACCUCCAGAGUCGCAUCAGGCAACUGCAGGCUGACGAGAGCCACACACACACCUACACACCCGGCGGCGUGCGUCUGAACCGCGACCGCGGGAACAGCGAGCUGGCUGGAUCCUACCUCGAGACAAUAGCUCCAGCACCGGACAGCUGUGUGACACGACAGAGCUCUGAUUUAAGAACGGCCCGGAAACUUAACCUCUGACGUCCGAUUUUUUAAAUAUUUUCUUCUAAAGUGACGUGCUGAGGACAUUAUAAAGAUCAUCGUCAGUGACCUGACAUCUGACACUUCCAUUUCUGUGUAGAAUUGCUGCAGUAAAUUAAAUACAUACUCAAAGGCUCACACUUUAAACUGCAACGUGUAUCGGCUCUCCUAGCGAUAAGAGUCGACUCUUUUAAUUCCUAGCCAUUUUUACCUAAAGUUAUAGUAAAAUUAGAAAGGACCUACUGUAAUUGCCUGCAAUACAACACGACAGACAAACAAACAAGAAAACCCGUUCAGAUACGUGAGUCAGCUCUCAAAUUUCAUCUGAAAGAGUCCGAUUCAAAGAGUCGACUCGUUACAGAACAUCACUCAAUCGGCUAAGGAUUUGUUCAGCCAUUAUAAUGGAAUUUCCUUCCAGUACAGUGGAAGGUUUGCUUUUGAAAAACCCAGAAGAGAGUAAAUGUAAGCAGCUUGUUAUGGUUGCUGUGGGUCUUAAAUGUUCAUCGAUGUAAGUUAGAGGCUUUUUUUUUUAAUAGCUUCAUGUAAUGUUCUGUAUUCGGUUUAUUAAGUGUUUAAUGGUUUUAAAAAUCAACCAGCUAGACUACGAUCCUAAUGUGAUACGUUUGAUUGAUCUAACAAAUUCAUAUGACAUUCAUUCAUUCAUUCAUCUUCUACCGCUUAUCCGAACUUCUCGGGUCACGGGGAGCCUGUGCCUAUCUCAGGCGUCAUCGGGCAUCGAGGCAGGAUACACCCUGGACGGAGUGCCAACCCAUCGCAGGGCACACACACACACUCAUUCACUCACACACUACGGACAAUUUUUCCAGAGAUGCCAAUGCAUGUCUUUGGAUCGGGGGAGGAAACCGGAGUACCCGGAGAAAACCCCUGAGGCACAGAGAGAACAUGCAAACUCCACACACACAAGGCAGAGGCAGGAAUCGAACCCCCAACCCUGGAGGUGUGAGGCAAAUGUUCUAACCACUAAGCCAGUGUGCCCCCCCCCCUUCGUAUGACGUAUUCGAUACGUUCGAUACGACUUUAUUCGAUACGUUCAGGUUUUUCACUGUAAACCUACCACCAAUGUCACCAGAAAUUGAUUCAUCAGUGUCCUGAGGAAGCACAUGUUAGUCCUCAUCUCACUGGAUAACAGCUAACUGGACGAACAACAAUUCAAUCUUGUAUAAAAUCAUAUUAUUAAAUAAAGCUCUUUUCAUCUA